UUUGAGCGUUGUGCAUCGGUCACAAAUUGAAUACCGGAACGACAGGCUGGCUGGUUCGCUGGUUCGCUGGAUGACAAGACAACCGAGCCCCAAACCACUUACGCAGUCGCAGACUUAGUGCGGAAGAAUAAGAAGCAGCAGCAGAAAAAGUUUAAGAAAGAAAAGUACGUCGAAGUGUGGGCAUAAGCAUAUGUACAUACAUAAAUAUGCGUAUGUGUGGAAAAAAAAACAGAAAAUCAAAGUGUGAACUUGAAAUCGAAGCGCCUGCAGCGCCGUCUUCUACCCCAGCAUCGUACUUGUAUGUGGGGAUUCUCUCGCUUUGUGCGCGAAAUUAAGAAAUAAAAAAUAAAAAAACAUUAUAAACACAAACAAACAAAUAUUCGGAAUUUUUGGUAUUCAACGUGUUGACGAAAAGUAAAUACUUUUGUGUGGCGAAGUGACGAAUCGAAGGUCGAGAAAAUAACUUGAAACAAAGAAAGAAAAACACAUUAUGGAAUCUCUAAUAAUCGCCUUGUUUGCGCUUUCCAGUUUGUGCAUAAAUUCCGUGCAGGGACAUGGACGACUUAUGGAUCCGCCUGCGCGCAAUGCUAUGUGGCGUUUUGGAUUCCCAAAUGCCGUGAAUUAUAAUGAUAACGAACUAUUUUGCGGUGGAUAUGCAGUACAAUGGGAACAGAAUUCCGGUAAAUGUGGUGUGUGUGGCGAUGCAUAUCACGUGAAGACACCACGUCCACAUGAGGCGGGUGGUGAAUAUGCCAAGGGUAUUAUAUCUCGAUACUACGCAGCAGGGCAGGAAAUUGAUGUGGAAGUCGAGCUCACUGCCAAUCACUAUGGUCGUUUCGAAAUGUUUCUCUGUCCAAAUAAUAAUCCACGGCGGGAGGCCUCACAAGCCUGCUUCGAUCGUUAUCCCCUCUACAUUUCCGGCAGUCGGGAACAUCGUUUCCUAAUACCUCGAGAUGCGCCGAAGAAGGAGAUUUUCCGCUAUCGUGUUCGCCUGCCACCAUAUGUUACUUGCACACAAUGCGUACUCCAAUGGACCUACUACACAGCGAAUAUGUGGGGCACUUGUUCGAAUGGUACUGAGGCGGUGGGUUGCGGCAAAGCGGAAACUUUCCGCAAUUGCGCCGAUAUUGCCAUUGUCUCCAACACAGGUGGCGGCGUUCCACCGAUCUUCGUGAAUAACAAAUCUCCGUACUUGCUUUACUACAGAGAUUAUCGUGCGCCAGAAAAUAAUAACGUAUUCCCAGUUAUUGUGCGCGAUCAGAAAUGUAUUGCCGCGCCAGCAUUCCGCACCAUUCCCGGCAUGGAUAACUGGUGUGAGACGAAUUGCUUGCGUUACCCACCAAAUUGUCCGGAAUCGGCUUGUCAUUGUCCUAAGGAUUGUGUGGCGAUCGGUGAGCUAGAGGGACGUGAGGGUGCGGAUACAUAUUGUAUGGAUGAAUGCUUGAAUCACGAUUCAGUGUGUCCAGUGGAUAGAUGUCGUUGCUUCUGAAUUGACGAAGAUGUGGAUUGUCUGUAAGUUCAUGGCUUCAACUAACAGAGCAGUCUUCCUCGAAUAAGAGUUCAUAAGCCGAUUAAGCUUAUGAAGAAUGGAUCAAAGCUGUGCUACGAAUUCUGUGCCUUUUUAUACUAUGUACGAAAUGAAAACAAAAAUGUA